UAUACACAGACCAUGCCUCCUUUCUGAUUUUCACAUUUUUGCCUGUGCGGUUCCAUUGUUUUUUUCGGAUGUUGAAAAAUGCAUGUGGGAUAAAUCAUAAGUCAAACCUAUCCACAGUAUACAAUAAACUUCGAUUUGUGGGAAUUGUUUGGAUUACCGAUUUGGGUCGCGAUUCUUUCCACAACUUGUGAACUAUUUAUUAUUGAAUAUUGUGGUACAGGCACUGUACUCAAAUUGUGUUAUAGCAACACUCUAAAAACAUGGGCAAGAAGUUCAUCAAAAAGAAAUCGGGUGGCGAAUUGAGGAAACGGAAAACGGCGCCUGGAGCAGUGGCGGGAAGUAGUAGCAAGCGCCCUGCAAAACCUGUUCAGAAUGCAAGAUCUCAGAAAGCCCGACCAGCGUACGCUGUGCGAAUGGCGAACCCGAAUGCCAGCAAGCGAGGCCGCAACAAAAGGCACGGAAACCCGGAUCUCAGUGAUGCCGAUUCGCUGCCUUCCGAUUCCGACGAUGCCAUCGAUUCCGACGAGGACCUGCCUACGACGAAAGCUGGUAAACCGCCAACAAAAAAGGCCGCAGAUGAUUCAGAUUCCGAUGUGGAGCAGUACUUGAAGGAUGACGAUUCCGAUGAAGAACCACAGCAAAAAGUUUCCAAGUUCGCUGACGAUAGUUCGGAUUCUGACGGCGAAGAGCCCGAAGAUGAUACCAGCUCGGCUGUUCGCGUUACGCCAAAGUUGGCGGCGGAAUGGGGGAAAGCGCUGCAGACUAGUCCCACCGCGGCCAGCCUUAAAACAUCAAUUAGAGCCUUUUUGGCCGCGGUUGCUCAGAUUUCGGGACAGAAGAAAAAAGCCUCCUUCAUCAUUGACGGUGGAAUCGCAUUCAACGCUGUGGUGUCUAUGUGCGUACGGAAUAUUGGGCCAGCGCUCCUGAAACUCUUGAAAGUGUCUGCUAACGCCAGACCGAAAGAGAAAAUGAAUCAACUCAAGAACAAGAAGUGGAAGGUUCUGCAUGUUCCUGUGCGUACUUAUUUAACAGGACUGACCGAACUUGUCACUCGGUUCCAUGAUGUCGCUGUUGUGCGACGAGUGCUAAAGCACAUUAUGGAACUUCUGCCGUAUUACUCUUGCAAUCCAAAAGCUUGCAAAAUGCUUUUCAAGCACUUGAUUCAAUUAUGGAGCAGCGGGAAGGAAGAAGUCCGACUUGCAGCUUUUGUUACACUAUUAAAGUUUCUUCGGACAAAUGACGAAGAAUGGAUACUCCCAGCCGUUAAGAAAAUGUAUGUGGCAUAUGUGAGUAAUUCGAAGCAGACAAAUGCCGCAACCUGGCCAGUGAUUGGGUUUAUGGCAUCUUCUCUUGUCGAAGUGAUGUCCUUGAAUCCAGAAAUUACUUACCAACAAGCUUUUAUCUACAUACGACAAAUGGCUAUACAUGUGCGCAACGCCACAAAUAAAAAAAAUAAAGAGACGCAGGCUAAAGUUUACAACUGGCCAUUUAUGCAUUGUAUCUACCUAUGGAGCAAGCUUGUCAGUGAUACGUAUCCCAGUCCCGUUCUGAUGCCGCUUGUCCAUCCCAUUGUGCAGAUCAUAACUUCUACGAUCAAGAUUAAUCCCGUGAAGAAAUUUUAUCCUCUUGUGUUUCACUGUGUUCGCGCCCUGAAUAUAAUGUCGGCAAAAACGGAUGUGUUCAUUCCAGUAAUUCCUAUAAUUUUAAACACGUUGCAAGCCCAGGACCUGAAUAAAAAGCCGAAAACAGCUAGCAUGAAGCCGUUUGAGUUUUUCUCGAUGGUGAAAUUUAGCGAUUCUCAGCUGACGGAAAGCAAUUACCGGACUGGUGUCGCAGAUCAAGUCCACGAACUGCUUAUGGACUAUUUAAAAACCCAGUGUUGUAGGAUUGGAUUUCCAGAGUUAAUUGCGGUUGCAACGAUCCAGAUCAGGAGAUUUUUGAAAGAUUGCAAAGUAGCUGAAAUUGUCAAGAAAUUCAAACAAGUGAUGACAUUAAUGGGAGAGCAAUCUAAUUUUAUCUGUGAGCGACGCAAAAACAUCGGUUUCAAGUUCACGGACAGUGGAGCAAUGACCGCUUGGGAGAAGCGCUUGCAGAGUGAAACAUCGACCUUCACGCAAGCGUACAACAAUUGGAAACAGUCCAGGAGGAACCUGAAGGAUACUGUUCAAGCGGCUUUGGAAGGCAAAGUGAACGCGAAACAGAAACCAAUUCGCAAAGAUGGCGAAGAGGAGAGUGAACCAUCCGACGAAGAAGAUGAAGAUUUCUGGACCCAUGCAGAAGAAGCCGAGGAUCCCGCGCGGGAAGAGGAGGAGACAACUGAAGACAAAGUUGUUGGCGACAGUAACGAGAAAGAUACCGUGACGGCCAUGGAAUCAUUGAGCGAAGACGACGACGAUGCCGACAAUGCGUCGAGUGAUGAUGUUAGUGAGGAAUAACCGGUCUUCCCUCCUGUUUGUUUUGGGAAGUUUUAGAAGUAACGACUUUUUUAUCCGUCACGGUUUUAUAUAUGUGGCAUUUGAAAUUGUUACCGUCAAGUUAUUAACGGUUUGUUUUUUGAUUGAGUUAAAUGUCCGUUGACAUUAGCUAUUGUGGAAAAUACGGAAAGGGAAAUGGAUUCUAAGCUUGAACAGCGACGAAGAUUGAAUUGGCAUGGUAGGAUGUGCAGAUUGCGAACGCUCUUUGCUUAAUGUAAAAGACCUUAUCGGCAAAAGUCAGUGAAUCAAAA